AAUGGCUAUAGGAUCUUUAAGUUUAUAUGUGUUAUCCAUCAUAAUAAUUUUGGCAGAUGCUUAUACUUCUAGGAAUCUUUCAAAUUUACUUUCCUUUUUUCCUUACGAAGUUAUAUCUAAAACAUAAAUAUGGAGGUUAUUUCCAUCAUUCCUUUUUAAUAGUAAAAUUCAUCAUUUAUAAAGCUUCGAUUAAAAGUUUUCUGUUGAGUUUCAUAUUUACUUAGAAUUUAUUUGCUGAAAGGGAGAGAGCCUAAGGAACUGCUUUAUUUUUGAUAGAAUUAAUCCUUAAAACCUUUAUCAUUGAUGUAAUAAACUAUUCUCUCAUUAUUAUAGUCUAUAAUAACACUUUUCUAUUACAUAGAAAUGAAUACAUAUCUUAUAUGCUAUAUACAUCCUUCAAAUGGUUUAUGGAAUAUGUUUUUUUACAUGAGUACAAUUAAGUAAUAUUAAUUCUAUAAGUAAGAUGCUAUUUGAAACCACUUUAAGAAACUAAUUUAUUAUUUUUUGACUUUAAAAUCGUCAACAAAUUCAUUCCAUUUAUAAUGAAUCUAAUCUUUAUUAUUUUUAUUGAUCCAGUAGGUCCAAUUGUUUCUACUUCUCUAGGAUUGUUAGAUGCUUUUAUAACUUAAGGAUCACCUUGUAGAUUUGUAAGAUUGUUUAAAAUACCUUAGAAUUUCAUUUUUAAAAUUGAGGAAUACCUUUGUUGCCUUCUUAAAAACUAUUCCAAUUUUAUAAGAAACAAUUAAGCAACAUAUUCUUAAGACACUAUUGAAAUACUUAAGCUUGAUUUAGAAACGUUAGCCAACAAUUUAAUUCAUCAUCAAUAAUAGAUUAGUAUUAAUAAAGGAAUAGAAUUACCAUAAACAUAAUAAUAAAUUUCAAAUGUUGAUAUAAUGUUAGCAUAUUCAAAAUAAUAAUAAGAAGGAGUAUGA